AUGAGUAAGGCUCAACAUCUUACAAAUGUAUUGGCAGAAAUACUCAGCACUGAUGAAAGAAAUGUGGAAAUAUUUAGCAUUAGGCAACAAGGGAAACAGCCACCUCUGCUAGAUAUUUUCUUUUCUGUCAAUGAUCCAAAGCUUCACAGGCGUGAAACAAUAACUGGACUCCUACAAGUGCACAAAGAAGAGAUUACAAGAAAAAUUGGUCUUAAUAUAGUCCUCAUUGGUAUAAACCACUGUCUAGUUCAUGAGACAAAAUGUGAGGGUCCAUGUACAAACAGCUACAGGCCAAGCAAAUAUUCUCUCUUGGUUGAUGCAAAUACAACAUCAUUUGUUGGUGUUUCUGUGAUCGUUACACCUGAGUGUCAGGACAUCACAAAUGAAUCAGCACACAAAAGCUGUCAUGACCAUCAUUGUUACAAUGGUGGCUGCUGUGUGCAGAAAGGACCUAGUGUCAGCUGUAUCUGCCCAGUGGGUUAUGAUGGUCCUCGAUGUCAAGGAACAGUCAGAAGUUUCCAAGGAGAUGGAUGGGCUUGGUUUCCCUCACUCACUCCACAAUCUGAAAACCAUGUUAGUCUCGAGUUUUUAACAAAGGAAGAACAUGGCUUGAUAUUCUACAAUGGUCCAGUGUCAGUUAUAGCCCCACUUGAAGAUUCUGUGUCAGAUUUUGUUGCAUUUGAGAUAUACAAUGGUAAACCCAGAUUAUUAUUGAAAACAACACAAGGAACUGUGGAACUAAGUGUACAUGUGGAGAGAAAUCUAAAUGAUGGAAAAUGGCAUCACAUUGACAUAUUUUGGAAUUCUGUGAAUGUUCGUCUUGUAGUGGAUUUUUGCAAGUCUGCUGAUGUGGUAGAAAUGAAAGAAGCAGCAGUGGUAUUCUUCAAUGGGACAAGCUGUCAAGCAGAGAGAAGUCUGCCAUAUCUGAACACUCAACUCAAUUUAAACAGCCCUCUCCAGAUUGGUGGAAUUUACUGGACACAAAUUCCUACAAAGGCAACAGAGUGGCGUGUCUUUCCAAAGUCAUUAAACUUCGAUGGCUGCAUAAGAAAUUUCUUUCACAAUAGCCAGAUUGUGGACUUGGCUGAUCCUCUGCUGUCUGUGGGUACAACUACGGGCUGCUCUCACACAAAGGCAGCAUGCAGCCAGCUCAACUGUACAGCACAUGGCACAUGUCUAGCAGACCUGACAGGAGCAGCACCACAGUGCUGGUGUGAUGUGGGAUGGAGUGGCCCCAGUUGCUCUGUCCCUACGAAACCCAUCACAUUCCUGCCUCACAGUUACAUUAAGUUUGCACUAUCAUUUGAACUCAGUCAUUUCACCACAGUCAUGCAGAUGAGAUUCAAAACAGAAGAGGUGGAAGGAGAGCUUUUCCGCCUUGCUGACCAGGUCUCACAGGAAUAUGCCAUUCUUGAGAUAAGAAAUGGAAGCUUAUGUUUCCGUUACAACCUCAACAGCAUACAUACUGAAGAACAGUCUGUCUGCUUAAGUUAUGUUAACAUCAGCGAUGGCAACUGGCAUACUGUAAAGGCAAAUUUCACGUUAUGGCUCACUAUCUAUCCUCCAGUUAGAUGA